AUGACGUCUACGGAUAAGCAAGAAUCAGGGGCACCGACUGCGCUCGAACAAGAGUCACAAGAACCGAUGGCACGGCACAGCAUGUCAAGCCUGCUACCGCCACCAAAAGCACUGGACACAACACAAGACCUCUGGAACUCGUGGAAGUUAUGGCGAAGGGAGUUUGAACUUUUUGCUGUGGCUACGGGGUUGAAAGCUCAACCAAAGGAGGUACAGGCAGCAACUUUCUUGGUCAUCAUCGGUGAAGAUGGAAGGAAGAUAUAUACUACGCUGCACUUUGAUAGUGAAGAGGAACGUACAGAUGUCGCAAAGCUGAUAGAAAAAUUCGAAGCACAUUGCAAGCCCACAGUAAACCUCACCUAUCAAGAAUUCCUUUUCGGUUCGAGAGACCAGAAGGAAGGGGAGCGCUUCGACGAGUGGAUAACAGAGCUUCGGGUGUUAGCAGCCACCUGUGAAUUUGGCAGCCUUGAAACUCGCAUGCUAAGAAGCCGCAUUAUUUUGGGCACACAAGACAAAGCCCUUCAGCAAAAACUUAUCAAUGAAAACCCACCUUACGAGAAGGUCGUCGAAAUCUGCAGGCAGCGUGAACGCAGUCAUCAACAACUACAAGAAAUUCAAAGCGACAAGAAAGUAAAAGAAGAAAAGACAGAAGUGAACGCCGUCCAGGACAAUAGGAGUGGAAGGAUACCGUGCUCCAAGUGUGGCUACAGUAUGCACAGAGGAGGCCAAUGUCCAGCGGUAGGGAAAGUCUGCAAGAAGUGCGGAAAGAAAAAUCAUUUUUCGUCAGUCUGCAGAACGAAGAAUCCUGGGCGACCGCCGAGACAAAGAAGGCAACAUCAGAAAGAAUUAAGACAUCUGGAAUAUGAAGAUAAAGCCGACUAUUUCCUUCAGUCGCUAUCAUCGAAAAGAAUUGAUGAGACCGAGAUAUGGUCCGCCAAGGUCACCAUCGAGGGAACAAACGUGUCCUGCAGGUUGGAUACCGGAGCGAACUGUUCUGUGAUAUCGUCAGCCCUGCUCAAGAAAAUAACAGACAAGAAGGCAUCCAAAUGCAGCGUGCCGCUGAGCACGUUCUUCGGACACAGUGAAAAAGCUGAAGGCAGAAUACAACUGCAUAUCUCAUUUCAAGGAAAAGACCUUAGCACGGAGUUCUUCGUUGUGGAUCGCCAGGUUCCUACAACAUUGAGUGGAACGGUAUCUGAACAUCUGGGACUGGUGAGUAGAAUGGUGCACUCCACCCGCGUUCAUGAGGACAACCAGUUUGGAUUGUACGAAGCUGCACGGCCUUAUGAGGACGUUUUUAAGGGCCUAGGCAAGCUCAAAGGAAUAGUCUACCACAUGAGACUGAAACCAAACGUCAAUGGCGUUGUGAAGCCCGCGCGAAGAAUACCCGUUGCAUUAAAAGACAAAGUAAAAGACACGCUUGACCGUAUGGAAGCAGACGGCGUGAUAUGCAAGGUCACUGAGCCUACAGAAUGGACCAGUAACAUGGUCGUCGUAGCAAAGAAGGAAAAGGUUCGAAUUUGCCUGGAUCCUGCGUACCUCAACCAAGCUCUGCUCAGGGAGCACUUUCCAAUGGCAACGUUAGAAGACGUUGUCCCACGUUUGAGUGGGGCAAAGUAUUUUUCGACGGUUGAUGCCUCCUCUGGAUUCUGGCAAAUCCCUCUAGACAAGGACAGCUCAUUUUUGUGCACCAUGAGCACUCCGUUCGGAAGAUACAGAUUUCUGCGGAUGCCAUUUGGAAUUUGUACAGCGCCAGAGAUCUUCCAGCGAGCCAUGAGCAAGAUACUCCAGGAUCUAGAGGGCGUCGAGGUCGUCAUGGACGAUGUUCUGGUUUGGGGCAGAACAAAAGCUGAACACGACGAACGCUUGCGGAAACUUUUAGAACGUGAACCUUGA